AUGGUGGAAUUCAAAUCUACUUCACUUGAUCGCGUUCGAGGAAGUCAGCUGACGGGUGCACGUCUGUUGUUGAAUCCAGACUCCAGCUAUCCCCGAAUAGUGGAGGAAGGAAUCAAUCUGAUGCCAGGCACCUUAACAGACAUUCAUUUCACGGUGCGAGAGUGGUCGAUGAUGACUCCACCGUACGGUCGGUGCAGUCACGAGGCGCCGGUGGAGAUUGGGUUCGGAGGCCAGACUUACUCCUACACCGAACAGGCUUGCCAGCAGGGUGCGCUUCAGGAAAUGAUCGCGCAACGCUGCGGCUGUCUUUCCUACGAUAUGCCAGUGCCCAACCACCUCGAGGGCAAUGCAACCACCAAUGCCUCUUUCUAUUGUCAAUUCUUUGAGCUCCCCGUGGUCAACAUAAGCACCCGUUCCGACACUGAAAUCAGGCGCCGCUACUUUACCCAAAAGGCAAUGGAAGGCUUCAUUACCCGCAUGUACUGUUCCACUGCCAUUACAAGGAACACGCUGGCUGCGGAGACUGGGUGUCGGGCGCCCUGCAUUCGCUACAGCUACGAUACGCAAAUCUCGACCGCUCAGUGGCCUACUAAACGCUUCAUCACUAAUUUUGCCAAUAGCCAACUGAGUCGCAAGAUGCACACCGUCAAGCAGCAAGGCGAACGCAACUCGCAAGGGGAGGAAGAUGAUGAAAGGCGCUUUGUAAAGCUUUUAAGGCCCUACGCUACCAUCUACAACAUGACUAGCAACGGUAAGGAGAUGGAGGCUGUAGACCUUCUUAUGCACCUGCAAGACGUGGAGCAAAACUUCCUCUCCAUCAUUGUCUCGCGCCCGAACUUCGACAUCAUCCGGGUGGAUGAGAAAGCGGUGGUGACCUUGACCUCCUUAUUUAGUCAGAUUGGUGGCCUCUUGAGCAUUUGGGUGGGCAUAACAAUGAUUUGCAUUGUUGAAGUGGCUGAAUUUCUUCUCAACUGCUUCGACGUGCUGUGUGGCCGGACACCGUGA